AUUUUAUAGGGAAUGUUAAGCCCUCCCACGGAUGUGAACAAAUAUCCUAUUAUGUUGUUAGCUCUUUACUAGUGAGUUAUGUCAAUUGAACUAUGCAGUUCACUGAUGUUGAUCAUUAUUAUCUGAAAUGAAACGUAUAGUUGAUAUGACCUUAUUGAAUUAAGAGAUGACUCACUAAAUCAAGGCGUUGGAAUGAACCGAGUCAAGUCAAUUGAAUCAUUAAAUUGAGUCAAAUAUCCCAACUCCAAUGAACCACGAAAUCCGUGUUUAUCUUUACCAUCAAAAUAACGAACAAAUCGAUAACAUUAUUUCGGCACGACGAUGUCAUAAAUCAUGUGCGAAAACCGACCAUCUCUUUGUAUUUGUCAUUGAAAUCGGAACGAUAAAAAUAUCGUCCGAUAUCUACUGGUCGACUGUCCGACAUGUGCACCGAUAACGUGACGUUAUUUUUAUCGGUUCGGUGUCAACGCGAAAAAACCGUCCGUUUAAAACAACAUAAUUUUACUUCUACCGACACCGAUAAUAUCGGUAAGCGCGAAAACGCGGGAGUGCAACAUCUGGGAGAACAUUGUUGGGCAGCGCUUCAGACACCUUCGACUUCGGUGCAACCGGAUUGCACAGUCCACUCGCGACGGUCGUUGGGAUCGCGUUCUAAUAGCACGGGUGACGGUGACCGGGCCCACGGGCGGACCUCGUGCGGACGCAACCACUUGUGCGGUGCGACCAAACGCCGAACGCCGUAUACUCCAUAUGGGCGAGACAGCGUCCUCGGAGACGGUCCUUCGGAUCGGAGCGGGUACGUUGAUGUAAUUUUUUUUUUUCAUUUCCUUUCUCCCUCUGCACACCCGUACCACCUCCACGCGUCCCUCCUUCUACACCGCGGCUGCGGCGUACGGUCGAGACGGCGGCGAACGAGCGUGCGCGUAGUGACACCGCCAGUCAGCAGUAAGCAGCAACGGGAGCAGACCGAAUCCGGAAUCUUCCGCCGGAACAUUGGAUCCGCUGCUAUACCUGUAGUCGUAACUGUUCCUCUCACGUACACUCGUUAAUCGAACGGAUAAUAAUAUUGACCGACCGGAAAAGACAAUCGAAACUCCAGCUCGAAAAAUGAGAAUCAUCAGCUAUAGACUGGCCAAGAGCCUGGAGAAAAUGGUGGACUACUAUUCGCAGUUCAACCCGUCGUCACUGUCCAUCAAACAGUUCAUCGAUUUCGGUUUAAAGGCUAGUGAACAAAAAUCAUAUCAGUUUUUAAAGAAAGAACUUCCAGUUAGAUUAGCAAAUAUCAUGAAAGAAAUUCAUUUGUUACCGGAUAAUUUAUUGAAAAUGCCUUCUGUCAAUUUAGUGAAUAAUUGGUACACACAAUCUUUUAACGAAAUGAUUGAAUUUGAAGUUGAUGAUGGAUGCACUGAAGAAACGUUAACCAAAUUUUGUGAAAUAUUGGUAAAAAUUCGUAAUCGGCAUUCUGAUGUAGUUCAAACAAUGGCUCAAGGAGUAAUGGAGCUGAAAGAUUCACAUGAAAUCGAUUUACAUACUGAAAAUAGCAUUCAAUAUUUUUUAGACCGUUUUUAUAUGUCUCGCAUUGGUAUUCGUAUGCUUAUCAAUCAACAUACAUUAUUAUUUAGUGAUCAUAUCAAUCGUAACCAUCAUCAACAUAUUGGAUGUAUUGAUCCAUAUUGCGAUGUGAUAAGUGUUGUUAAAGAUGCAUAUGAGAAUGCUAGAUUUUUGUGUGAUCAAUAUUAUUUGACCUCACCUGAAUUACAAAUCUGUAAAAGUAUUGAUGGUGAUAAUGAGCCAAUAAAAAUAAUUUAUGUACCAUCACAUUUGUAUCAUAUGCUUUUUGAAUUAUUUAAAAACUCAAUGAGAGCUAUUGUUGAGCACCAUAAGACUGAUGAAUUGCCACCAUUACUUGUGACAAUCGUAAAAGGAAAAGAAGAUGUCUGUGUUAAAGUUUCUGACCAAGGUGGUGGUAUUCCUAGAAGUUUGAGUGAACGAAUGUUUCAUUACAUGUAUUCUACUGCACCACAGCCUUCAAAGUCAGAUGCACAUACAGUGCCAUUAGCAGGUUAUGGUUAUGGACUGCCUAUAUCUAGACUUUACGCCAGAUACUUACAUGGUGAUUUAGUGUUGUUAUCUUGUGAUGGAUUUGGAACUGAUGCCAUUAUUUACUUGAAAGCUUUAUCAACUGAGGCUAAUGAGUUGUUGCCAAUCUACAAUAAGAUGUCUACCAAGUUUUAUAAAACAACCGAUCAUACUGUAGACUGGAGAAAUACUUGCCAUCAUUCACCUAUCAGUCAAACACAAUUCACUCAAACUCAAUAAAUACAAACUGAUUAUUUGAAAUUAUUUAGUCACCAUUUAUACACUAACUUAAAGUAUAAGAAUGUUUUUUUUUUUUUUUUAAUUAUUUUAGUUAUUUUUAAUUUUAGAAUGUAGAAAUUUUUCCUAAAUAAUAACAUGGUAUAUUCAGGGACAUAAUUCCUAUAUUUUCUCAAUACUUUUGAGUACUAGGUCAUUAAAUAAAUGUAUAAUUGAGACUAAAUUCAGGUUAUUUAUUAUGGUUAUAGAAAUUUUGAAUUUAUUAUUUUAUUACACGG